GUCGUCGCUUGCCGUGGGUUGUCGCCAUUCGCAGGUUUAUCAUCCGCGCAUUUAUUUUUCGAACAAAGUAGUUGCUGUUGCAGGGGGUUUUCCUUUUAGUUUACUGGUAGUGCCAUCUUCAGAUAGACUCGGCAAGAGGAAAAAUGGUGCGCUUUGGCGUCGAGCGGUGGGAUAUCGGGUUCCGCAAGAACGCCACGAUUGAGCUCGACCUUCCUCUGACCACAACUAUUGAAGAAAUGAAGGAGCAGGUAAUCCAGCGCGCGAGGAGCGACAACUUCUUCCCGGCAUGUUACAAAGUCGCAAACAAACGCCACGUCGCGUCCAGCGAGCUACCGCAGACAACUUUGGGGGACCUGAAGAUCACAGAAGGCGAUGUGGUCAAGCUGAUGUUUACGCUCGGAGGCGCACCCUGUGGACCCUAUCCGCAUCAGUGGAUCAACAGCAUCACUGUGAACGGAGUGCCGUUGGAAAUCGAUCGCAAUAAAGGCACCCGUGCCGAAAAGAACUGCAAAGUGACCAAUCCAGUGCCGUGCGAGGCUGCCCCAGAUUGUGGAGCGAUCAUCUCCGUUCAGUGGAGCACCGCGGAGCAAGCGACCGACCCGCGCUCCCUGCAUCUCGAUAACGGGCCCAGGUUCGUGAACAUUGAGCGUCUCGGGGACUUCUUUGGCCUAGCUGCUGCAAACGCGGACUCUGAUCCUGCGAAGAGCACGGCGCUGGAUAGCAUCGAGCGUGAAGAUGGGUAUGGGCCAGCUCGCGACAGCGGGCUGGUGGAUCUCCAAGGUGUUAUUGUGGAGCACGAUUCGGGUUCGCGGCGUACUGUAGUGCGGUGCGGAAAACUUGUGCCGGGCAAGCCCCACUCGUUGUAUACGAGGUCCCUCGGCUCCGGCCAUGUCACCGCGGAGCCAACAACAUCGAUUGCGAAUUACUCUUGUUUCAGGAACCCGCAUGAGUGGUUCUUCGAGACCGCUCCGUUGUCGACCGCAUCUGCACCUUCGCAUGGCGCAACCUCCUCAGGCCCUGCGGCAAAAAAGCGGAAGACCGGUCGUUGAGUAUGAGUUCAGAAGUACAAUAAGAUCGAAAAAGAUGAAGGCAGUGAUGCGAAAGUACUGGUGAAGAAAACAAGAAUGAACGACGAGGUGCAACGAUUUUCAAUCUUCAAUUGAUUUAGCUGUUUUUGUUUCUGCUCAAAGGAAUAAAGCGGUGGACUACCUGCACAGUAUUUUGUUGUUGUCAAUGGUGAAAUUCGGAAUCAGGCACGAACGCUCCGAGUUUUGUUUUUAUGCGGGGCUAGUAACUAAGACCAGAUUCUCAUUUAC